AAGAAGGUUCAAAAGCCAAAGCCGUUUGGAUGUCCUAUCUGUCAUCGUCCAUUUGCUCGUAAACAUGAUUUACAACGACAUAUUCGCGUCCAUACCGGAGACAAACCCUAUGCUUGUCUUUGUUGUAAAAAAGCCUUUGCGCGCACGGAUGCUUUAAAAAGACAUUUACGUGUA